AUGGGGCCCCUGGGCAAUAGGGGAUCAUGGGGCCCCUGUGUCUUGCCCAAACUCAAAAAAGCCUAUUAAAAAGGUACCAGAGGCAUCUCAUGGGGCCCCCUACUGACCCCGGAAGUCCCUCGAGCAGUGCCCGAGUUUCCAAAUGGUCAGUCCGCCCCCAUUGCCUGUGUCUGUAUGGGAUCCUGCAUCUCUGUCUGCUGAAAUAAACUCUGAAUAUUCCACUAAAGAAAAAGUGAUACACCAUUUUAUAGACCUGUGUUCUGCAGCAAAUAUU